AUGGAUAAUUCUCACAAUUCACAUAGCAAUGGGAGUCUGAAUGGCCGUAGCCUACAUGCUAUGUUUUCGUUGCCUUGGUUCGACACACGAGUGUUCUAUGUUAGAGUUAGCAAAUUCAUCGUUGACGACUCUACCCCUGAAUGUCUCACCUUAAAUUACGUCCCUUUGAGCCCGGACACUGUCCUUGAAGUAAACGGUGUACGAUGUUCGAUGGAGUCAGAAGGGAUUUCGUGCAUUCUUAGACGGGACAGGGUGGAUAAGAAAUCCGAAGAGGCUACUUUUGUCAGCACGGACAGCGUAAGAUUCACAGGCAGCGUGAGAUUUGAGGUUUUCGAUAAAGAGGACCUUGUUAUAUCUGGGGUUUUGGAAAUGUCAGGUACCAAUGGAUUUACUGGAGAUUCAAAUAAUGCGGCCAAGAAAUGGAGCAUGAACUGUGAAUCAGUUAUCAGUAAUGGUGUGGGAUUUUUGAAAGGAAAACAAAUCAUGAGUUCUGAAUCUUUAGUGCCCACCAUUGAAGUUUAUGUCGCUGGCUGCUUUUCGGGAAUCCCAAUUAUACUGACCAAGACUUUACAAGUUUGUAGCCGCAAGAAGCAUAGAAAUGGCACGCUCCUAAACCCAAUUCCCGAGUAUGAUGCUGCUGAAGAAUCCAAUGAUGAUGUGGUAUCUGGCCAUGAUUUGCAGGUUGCGGAUUACAAGAUUUACGAACCAGAAAGUGAGGCCUCGUACUGGAGACGAACGGAGUACAUGGAAGGUGAAGACGGGGAGCUUUCUUGGUUCAACGCUGGGGUUCGAGUGGGAGUGGGAAUAGGGCUUGGGAUUUGCCUCGGAGUUGGGAUUGGAGUGGGUUUGCUUGUCCGAACCUACCAAAGGACAAGUAAGACUAUUAAAAGGCGACUUGUCUAG